CCACCACCAAAUUUCAAAAAACCAACAAAAACAACAAAUGCAAAUUUUGGGAACAUUUUUCCCUUCAAUUAAUACUUCCUCCCUUCCCCCACAAUUACAACAACAACAACAAACAAUUGAAGAUAAUAAUUCUUUGAAUAAUUCUGUUGAAGGAGGAGGUAUUGUUUGUGGAACAAUUAGAAAAGAUGAUGAAGAAAUGGAUGAAUUUAACAAUGAAGAAAUCCUUCCUCCAACAACAACAAAUCAACAGCAACAACGUAGAGCUUCUGUUCUUUCAUUAAAUUCUUCAAAAACCCCCUCAAAUAUUCGUCACCGUUUACUUUCCUAUGAUGGCCAUAUUUCUUCUUUAAAUAUUGCAAAAAAACAAAAUACUAAUCAACAAUUAAUUCCUUCAAAUAAUUUUUUAUUUGGAGGGCAACAUCAACAACAAACAUCUUUCUCCUCCUCAAAAUCUAUUCGUUCACAGAGAGCCCCAAUAAAAGAAAUUAUUAGUUUAGAUGAUCCAAAUGAAUUGGAAAAGUUUAUGUCUAAAGGGGAAGAACAAUGCAUUCAAGAUAUGCGAACAUUUAUAACUCAAUUUUCCCUUCGCCAAACAACUGUGGCUUUAAUGACUGGUGUUUCACAACCAUAUAUUUCUAAAUUGUUAAAUGGAAAUCAUCGAGAAUUGUCACUUCGUUGUCGAAAGAACAUUUAUUGUUGGUAUUUAAAUUGUCGCCGACAUCCAGAAAAGUUGGCAAUAUUUGUUCAAGACCAUCCAUCGAGUAGAUUGGACACUACAGCUGAGGGGGAACUAGUGCCGCAAAGAAGGGAACGUUAUGUUUUUAGACCUGUGCUUUUAAGAAUUUUGGAUGCUUAUUUUCAGGAAAGUCCAUUCCCCGACACUUCAAAACGUAUGGAAAUUGCAAAUGCUUGUAAUGCUCAUUUACAAUUGGAUAAAAAAAGUACUCAAUUAAUGCCAAAGGAAGUAGUUACUCCCCAAGUUGUUGCUAAUUGGUUUGCUAAUAAACGAAAAGAAAUGCGUAGACGAACAAAUAGAGGUGGAGGAGGGAAUAAUGGAAAGAAUAAAAUAAAAAAUACUUCAAAAACAACAAAUAAUCAAGUUGGAGGAAGCGGUUGUGGUAUUUCUUCUUCAACAGCCUCAUAUUCCUCUGCUUCCUCUACUUCCUUUUCCCCUACACCUCCAAAUUCUGCAUCAUUUAUUAAUAAAUCUUUUAAUGGAAAUUUUUUGGAGGAUAUACAAAAUACUAACCAACAACAAUUAAUUAACAACAAUACAGUCGAAGACCUUUUAAUGCUUGCUAGUCAACAACAACAACAACAACAACAAUUAUUAUUACUCCCUCAACUAUUGUUAAUGCAACAAAAAGUUAACAACAACAAUAAUCAUUUAUUACCUUUAACUCCAACACCUUCUUCCCCUUUAUUUUCAUCAUUAGAACAACAACCACAAAAUACUAAUUUAAUAUCCCCAACAUUAUUAGAACAAUUUAUUUUACUUCAACAACAACAACAAACAUCAAAUGCAACAACUACAAAUAUUGGAAUCAACAACAACAAUGCUAAUAGUCAAACUGUUUUUCCUUUCUUUAAGAAUAUCCACCACCACCACCAACAACAACACCCCCAAUUAAUUUCUUCCUCCUUAAAUCAGCAAACUACAACUUCUCCUCCUCCUCCACCAACAAAUAUUUCUGAUUUAGCUGCUUUACAUACUGCCAAAUUAUUAGAAAAUUCAGCGGCAAUAGUUGCACAAAAUCCCCAAUUAUUAGCUCGUUUACUUGAAUAUUCAUGA